UGUCUUGCAACUAGAAAAAGAUUUGCGCACUCAAGUAGAAUUGUUGAGAAAACAGAAAAAGGAGAGAAAGCAGGAACUUAAUCUACUCCAAGAACAAGAUCAAGAACUCUGUGAAAUUCUUUGUAUGCCUACGUAUGAUGUGGACAGCACCUCUGUCCCCACCUUAGAAGAGCUGAACCUGUUCCGACAACAUGUGGCAACUUUGAGGGAAACAAAGGAAUCUAGGCACGAGCAGUUUGUCAGCAUUAAGAAACAAAUCAUAUUGUGUAUGGAAGAAUUAGAGCACACUCCUGAUACAAGCUUUGAAAAAGAUAUAGUGUGUGAAGAUGAAAGUGCCUUUUGUUUAUCAUUGGAGAACAUUGCAACACUACAGAAGUUACUACAGCAGGUAAUAUAUGCUCAAAUUAUGGUGUAACAUCUCACUAGUAUUUAUCAGUUUG